CUUGAACUUGUUAACUUUUUAACUUUACAUAAAUAUUUUGUAAACAUUGAAACUUCUCCAUUUUAGACACUAUUUCAAUGAGUUCCAGGGUAUCGCAUGGGUUCUCGACUUUCCAUUAGUCAACGCCGAGGGUCUGGGAGGUCAAGGAAUAUGUCAGACGAGGGUGCACAGACGACUUCAGAAGAUGCCCCAACCACUUCAGAUGGGGAAGGAGCAGAGGGCACUGAUGAUUUGGCAACAAUUCUGAGCUAUUUGAUCAGAAGUGGUCAGGUACGAUUGAUGCCAUCAGUCUAUGGGGAGGAUGACAUGGAGAAUGAGGAGGAUGAAGAAGAUGAUAUGGGGGAUAUAGACAACUUUGGACAUGAGCGUCCUAAAGCUGAAUCGAAUCCUGAUACCAGCAAUAUAGAUAUGCAUGAACUAAAGCAGGAAUUGCUCAUGAGCUCUGGGAGAAGACAGAAAUUUCCCUAUGGCCAAAAAACAACACUUCCUCAGAUGUUACAAAAGAGAGAAGUAGGAAUGCGUGGGAAACAACGAUUUUCGCCUGGAGAUUGUUGCAUCAUAAAUACUGGAUUUCUCCCAAACCAUCAUGAGGUUGUGGCCAAGUUUCAGAGUAAAGUAUUUUGUGGGACUUACUCUAAAGAUGGCAAUGUCUUCAUGUCUGCUUGCCAGGAUCAGAAUAUCAGGUUAUAUUCUACAUUAAAUGGAGAAUUUGAUGAGUUUAAGACAAUAGUUGCCAGAGAUGUUGGUUGGAGCGUCCUAGACACAGCAUUCAGCCCUGAUGGUAACUACAUGGUAUACUCCAGCUGGUCUGAGUGUAUUCAUCUAUGCAACAUCUACGGGGAUCAUACUGUUCAUGAAGCCCUCAACAUGGUGCCCACUGAUUAUGAUCGCAACUUUUCAAUAUUCUCCUUAGAAUUUUCACACAGCAAUCACGAGUUACUGGGAGGCGCAAAUGAUGGUUGUAUAUACAUAUAUGAUAGAGAGAGCAAUCAAAGGAGUCUAAGAAUUGAUGCCCAUGAGGAUGAUAUCAAUGCUGUUGCCUAUGGUGACGACUCUUCUCAUAUACUCUAUAGCGGUGGUGAUGAUGGGCUGGUCAAGGUGUGGGAUAGACGCACUCUAAAUGAAGAAUCACCCAAUCCUGUUGGGACCCUAGCUGGACAUAGUGAUGGCAUUACCUUCAUUGCAAGCAAGGGUGAUGCAAGAUACUUGGCCAGUAACAGUAAAGACCAGAGCAUUAAACUAUGGGAUAUCCGUAAAUUCUCAUCUCAGGAAGCUAUUGAUGCAUCUCGAAGGGCAGUUACAAAACAAAAUUGGGACUAUAGAUGGCAGGCUGUACCUAGAAAAGUACAAGCCAAAACUGGUAAGAAACUGCCUGGUGAUUCCUCCAUAAUGACAUAUAGAGGGCACUGUGUGCUGAACACUCUGGUACGCUGUAGAUUCUCUCCAUCAUUUACAACUGGGCAACGCUACCUUUUUACUGGCUGUGCUACAGGAUCUGUCGUCAUCUAUGAUAUACUGACUGGAGAGAUAGUUUCCAAAUUAGAAGAUGGCCAUCAGAAUUGUGUCAGAGAUGUCUCAUGGCACCCUUAUGAACACAAGAUUGUCAGCACUUCAUGGGAUGGUACUGUAGGAUUGUGGACCCACUCAUCACGUACAAAAUUAGACUCUGAUGAUGACGCAGAUGAAGACUCCGAUGGUGAUGAUGACUUUCUUAAUAUUGGAAGGCGGAGAAGAAAAAGCAAACGGCUUGAAAAUCAACGUCGAUCUAGUUUACGUCGCAGGUUUCACAUUCCUUUUCUCUAGUGUCAUAUUUGCAGUCAUGUUGUUUAGACUAUACUGAAAUGAUGCACCCUUGUUUGGGAACCUUUGAAACGUGCCUUAUAUGCAACCAAUCUGCAGGGUUCAUUAAAUUGAACUUGAUUAUAUUUCUCACCUCCACGCAGGGUUUCUAAUGUAUGUGUUUUAAUCAUAUCUCCAAGGACACUUUAGGAGCACUGAAGUAUUGGUGGAGGGUCACUUUGUAAUGGACUCACAAACAAAGGUUCUAAUUGCACUUUGGUAGAUUUAUGUGACUAGUCAUGGCAAUAAGUCUAUUUUUAGUUUGUUUAAUGUUUUUGUUGUUUAACCUUAAAUUAAUAUUGCUGAAUUAUUGAUAUUCCUUGAUGGAUAUUUCCUUUGAAAAUAUAAUUAACUGACUUCUUCUUUAGAUCCUGAUCAAGUAAAUUAGUACAGUUACUUUUACUGAAGAUUGAAAGUCACAAGAAGAUCGAUUUAGGCUUAUUGCUCUUGAUAUACUUUAAUAGACUAUUGCAGUUUUAGUUAUCAGUGUUGUUAGGAAUAGUGUGACUAUGACAGUUGUGUGAAAGAUGAAUAAAUUAUGAUAAUACAUUAAUUACCUCUCUAAAGAGACCAUUGUUUUAUGCAAUUUUGAUUUAUAUGCAUGUACACUACGUAUAUGAAUAAUAAGACAAACAUUUGAUAAUAUUAUGUUUCUCAAAAAGGUGGGCAUAUGAUUGGAUGAUUAAUUAGUAUAUUAAGAUAUCCUGUACAUGUAGGGAUGUUUUUUCUGACAAAAUUAAUUGUUUUUUCUUAAUAGUUACAAUCAGCAGUUAUACAUACUGGAUUGUUGGCACUUUGUAUCAGAAUGAUGUGUAACUUAUUUGUUUGAGGUUUUAGAA